AUGGAUCGAAGCUGGAUGAAUGAGCGUCGCAUAAGUGAAGAGUAUGAAAAGGGGGUUUCUGAGUUUUUGGAAUAUGUUCAAGAACACGCAAUCUCAAGUAACGGGACAUAUUUUUGUCCUUGUGUUCGUUGUCUUAAUCAAAUACGCCAUGACUUAGGAACAAUGCGUGAUCAUCUAUUCAUCUUUGGUAUAAUGAGAAGUUAUACACUUUGGACUUGGCAUGGAGAAGUAUUAGACAAGCCUACAACGUCACGAGGAACAAAUUAUGUAGACGACUGGAUGAAUGAUCAUUUAGAAGAUAUGGUACGUGAUGUUGGAGAGGAGAAUUUUGGAAAAGUUCAUUUAUAUGAUUCUCUUAAGUCCGAUUCAGAGGAACAAUUGUACCCAGGAUGCACUAACUUUACGCAACUGUCAGCAACUUUGAAAUUAUUCAGUUUAAAAGCAAGGCAUGGAUGGACGGAUACAAGUUUCACAGAAUUGUUAGAGUUGUUAAAGGAGAUGCUUCCAGAAAAUAACACGUUACCUAUCCGUAAUUACGAAGCGAAGAAAGUUUUAUGUCCAAUGGGUUUGGAAUAUCAAAAGAUACAUGCAUGCCCAAAUGAUUGUGUUUUAUACAGAGAUGAGUUUGCUUCACUGAAGGCGUGUCCAACAUGUGGUUUAUCGUGGUUUAAAAAGAAAAUUGAUGGAAAUAGUGGUGAUGAAGACAAAGAUGGUCCACCUGCUAAGGUGAUGUGGUACCUUCCUAUAAUUCCUAGAUUCAAACGACUAUUUUCCAUUAAAGAAGAUGCAAAAAACCUGAAAUGGCACGUUGAUGGAAGAAAGUGUGAUAAUCUUCUUCGACACCCAGCUGAUUCUCCACAAUGGAAGAAGAUUGAUGAAACAUUUCCAGAAUUUGGUGCUGAGCCAAGAAACUUAAGACUUGGACUUGCUACAGAUGGUAUGAAUCCUUAUGGGAACUUAAGUAGCAAACAUAGUUCAUGGCCAGUUUUGCUGAUGAUUUACAAUUUAUCUCCUUUGUUGUGCAUGAAGAGGAAAUAUAUGAUGUUGUCUAUGAUGAUAUCGGGUCCUAGACAACCUGGAAAUGACAUUGAUGUGUACCUAAAGUCGUUGAUCGAUGAUUUGAAACUAUUAUGGGAAGAAGGUGUCGAUGUGUAUGAUUCAUAUUCUCAAGAAUUGUUUUGUUUGCGUGCAAUGUUAUUUUGCACCAUAAAUGAUUUUCCAGCAUAUGGAAACUUGAGCGGUUACAGUGUUAAAGGUCAUUUUGCAUGUCCCAUUUGUGAAAAAAACACGAGUUAUAUUCAAUUGAAGCACGGUCAGAAAACUGUGUAUACAAGACAUCGAAAGUUUCUUCCUCGAAAUCAUCCUUAUCGUAGAAUGAAAAAAGCAUUUAAUGGAAGUCCUGAGGAUGAAGUUGUAGCGAGACCCCGCAAUGGUGAAGAAAUAUACAACCAAGUGGAAAACAUUGACAUUGUGUUUGGGAAACAUCCAAAGAAAAAGACCACGGAAAAAAGCAUUUGGAAGAAACGAUCAAUCUUCUUUAAUCUUCCAUAUUGGUGUAAACUUGAUGUACGACAUUGUAUAGAUGUGAUGCACGUUGAAAAAAAUGUAUGUGAUAGCGUCAUCGGGACUUUACUAAAUGUAAAAGGAAAGACUAAAGAUGGAGUUAAAGCACGACAAGAUUUGGCUGAAAUGGGCAUCCGUUCUGAGUUACAUGCACAAUCAAUUGGAAGACGAACCUACCUGCCUCCAGCUUGUCACACUCUUUCUAGAAAAGAGAAGCAAAUUUUUUGUGAGUGUUUAAGAAGUGUGAAGGUUCCCCAAGGUUACUCUUCAAAUAUUAGUAGCCUUGUUUCUAUGCAAGAUUUAAAGUUAGUCGGUUUAAAGUCUCACGAUUGUCAUGUGUUGAUGCAACAACUUUUACCAGUAGCUUUUCGAGCCAUCUUACCUACUUCUGUCAGAGAAGAAGCCAUUGAAUUCUGCUCAAGUUAUAUGCCAAGUUGUGAACCAAUUGGAGUUCCUAAGACUAGACAUGAAGGUAAAUGUGAAGGUAAGGGUGUGCGUGGAGUGAAGAUUCAAAGUGUUAGUAGAAAAUUAGUUGAUCAAGCCCAUUUGUACAUCUUAAACAACACUGUAGAGGUCAUUCCUUACAUAACGCAACACAUUGAUGAAACGAAAUCAGCACAUCCACGAAUGAGUGAAAAAUGGGCACUUAAUGAACAUAACAAAACAUUCUUAUCAUGGUUUAAGAAAAAGGUUUACGCGACUCCAAAUGUUUCUGAAACUCUAUUGAGGCUAGCUCGUGGACCGAACAAUGAUGUCAUUACAUAUGGCGGGUACUACAUAAACAAUCAUUGUUUCUAUUCAAAGAUGGAAGAUGACAAAAGUAGAGUUCAAAAUAGUGGGGUUACACUUCAAGCUGAAUCUGUACAUUUUGCCAGUUCUAAGGACAAGAAUCCAAUUACAGCAUCCAUGAGUUAUUUUGGAAUAAUACACGAAAUAUGGGAAGUUGAUUAUGUGACUUUUAGAGUGCCAGUUUUCAAGUGUAAAUGGGUUGAUAGUAAUUCGGGUGUUAGCACAAAUGACUUUGGCUUUACUUUGGUGGAUCUUAACAAGAUGAGUGAUACAAAUGAACCAUUUAUUAUGGCUAGUCAAGCAAGACAAAUUUUUUAUGUCAUUGAUCCAGCCAAUCAGAAAUUGUCAGUUGUAUUAGAAGGAAGAAACAUGCACGUAAAUGAUGAUGAAGAUUGUCUAGACAUACUUGAGACAACAUCUUUCUCAUCAAGAACCAUUCAAGACAAAGUUGAUGAUGUAACUGAUGACAUCCAUGCUAUUCGAAGUGAUCACAAUGAAGGUAUGACAAGCUCCGGAUCAGACCAGGAGGGACCUGGUAGAUCUGUGACUCGGUUGCCGGAUGUUACAAACCGACGAGAGAGGAUGCCGGUCCACAUUGAUCCUCGAUCGGGUGAACCCAGUGGCCCUUGGGAAAAAAAGUACCGUAGCUACAUAGGAAUGUUGGCCAAAACGAAAGUUUCUAUUGCAUAUGCAUGUUGGGAUGACGUCGUGGAGGUCGAGAAGAACCUCCUAUGGCAGGAUCUUAUGGUAUGUUUACUUAAACCAACUAUAGUAUUUCUUUAUGUUACUGUUAACAUAACAUAUUUUAUGUUUUAA